GCUUCAGUCGCGGUUGCUGCGCGGAAGGAGGAGGAUGGACGUUUAGCGGAGUGCAAUGACUCCCGGCGCUGUCGAUUGCUCGGGCAAAUGCCACUUCCUCGUGUGUGAACGGCGAAAAUUAUAACGUCUUGACGUGUCUCGUGACAUUAUUUUAAGCUCCGUCGACUUUCUCCGAGACCGCUGCGUUACUAUUCCGGUUAUAAACUUCACUUUCCUCGAUUCGGUUAAUAGGCCGCAUCCCAAGACACUUUUAGUAGCCGCCAGGAUUCGGUGCAACGCAGCGCAUUAAUCGAAGAAGAAUGAAGGAUAAAACCAGGAGGAGUCGAGAAUGGACAUUUUUAAUAUUAUUUACUGCUCUUUGUUCCGUUUACGGACAGUGUCCUUGGUCCAGAGAGCUGGUGGAUCUUCACACGGAUUGUAUUUGCACUUAUAACAAUGUGCAGAGGUUAUCCGUUCAGUGUAGCCCGGUGAAUUUUAACAAAUUACUGAAGGCAUUAAAGGAUUCCGUAAAAGAAAUUCCGAUCGAUCUUCUGUACAUCAACAACAGCACAAUAGACGUUCUAGAAGACGACACCUUCAAAAAUUUGGAUAUAAAGAGCAUUCAGUUAUCACGCUCGGGGUUAAAGAACAUUUCGACUUCGGCAUUUUCGGGACUAGAAACGAAGCUAACGAAUCUUAAUUUGCACGGUAAUCUUCUUAAGGAAGUUCCUACCCAGGCUCUGAGAAGAUUAAGAUUCUUGAGGGAGAUCGAUCUAAGUCACAAUCUGAUCCAGAAGGUAUCGGACGGUGCUUUUAUGGGCAUUCCUAUAACCACUCUCAAACUGGCAGACAAUACUUUAAACAUAUCAAACGGCGCCUUUCGUGGGUUGGAGUCGACCUUACGUAACCUCAAUUUGAAAGGUACCGGAAUCGGCACGGUUCCGGUGGCAGUUAGAAGUCUUCACGUUCUAUCAUUCCUCGAUUUGGCUCAAAAUAAAAUAUCGGAAAUAGCCGACGGGACGUUCGAAAACAUGCACACGCUCACAGCCUUGAAUCUGGAGAGGAACAGGCUAAUCAAUAUCAACGGAUCGUCUUUCAGAGGGGUCAACGAUUCUCUUAGUUCUCUAUCGCUGCUCAACAACUUAUUGUUGGACUUUCCACUGGACGUUAUAAAUACCCUCACGGAACUCAGGGUUCUUGAUUUGGGAUUUAAUGGCAUCCGUUUCAUCCCCAAAACGGCAUUUAGUCGCAAUUCGAUGUUGACUCUUCUGGCCCUAGAUGGAAAUCCUCUACCGACCUUGCCUCUAGAAGCCUUUCAGCAUUUAAAUUCGACGUUGAGGGGUCUCAGCAUAGGAGGGUCGUAUCUGGAAUGCGAUUGCAGAUUAAAAUGGCUGUCCGAAUGGAUCAUUACCAAUAACCUUCAGGUUACGAGUCGAGAGAGAAAUCCUCAAUUCUGUGGAAAACCGGAACAUUUACGUUCGUACACUUUCUCGCAGAUUAACCCACGCGACUUAGUUUGCGACAAAACCGUUCCGACGACGACGGAAACGACGGUUCAGUCUCGUACGACCAAGACCCCCAAGAGACUAGACGACUUUCGCACCGUUCAGAAACUUCCCGCCGACGAGAAGAGAGAAGAAGGCUCCGUUCUUAAAGUAACCCCGGGAGUGUCCCCCGAUUCCACCUAUCCCACGUUAUCGAGAAGUGACAGCUCGCGAACACGCCUAGAAGACGAAGAGGUGCAAGUGGUAGACAUCUACAGGAGUGGUUCCAGAAUCGCGGUCGAAUGGGAAAGCAUUUCCGACAAUCUUCUAGGAUUCAAAGUCAUCUACAGAAAAUUCGGAGAAGACGAAUUUCGAGCCGGUCCGGCUCUUCCGAAGACUCAGAAGCGAUUCGAACUGGAGAACGUUCCCUCCUACGAUUGUAUUGUGGUUUGUGUCGUUACGCUCGAGGACGGUGUGACGCUGACUGCCGACAACGUCCCUCAUCGCCAGUGCAGAGAACUGAAGAGAGAAGCCAGCGGCAAACCCAUCGAAGUGGAUAAAAUCGUCAUAGGUGCAUCCGCGGCCAUCUGCUCGCUGAUCAUCGUAGUGGUGCUGAUUCUGGUUUGUUGCUGUCGCAGGAAAAAGCACCACGAAAAAAGUGGCGUGCCUCCUCCCGCUCCGGCAAUAAAGUCGGAUCACGAAUGGGAAACCUCGUCCAUGUACAGCGGUAGAAGCAUUCCCAGAGCCCACAUGUACCACUUAGAGCCGACCACCAACGGCUCGGUCAACCACAGCUUCGUAGUAGACGAUAAUCGUUCGCAUCUUUCUCACUACUCCCAAAUGCCCAAUGGGUAUAGCAAGGGUCGACCCAAUGCCGACGGUCAAUCGCACCGCUCCUACACCUCUAACAAGUACAACGGCAAUCAUUUUCUCGGGAAUCCGGAACUCAGGAAAUCUCAGCAAUCAUUAUCGCAGAUAUCCGGGCAUCAUUCUUUUAUCGGCAGUCAUCUGUCGAUGCCCCACCAGAAGAAGAAAGAUAGAUUGACAUCUGCGGGUUCUCUGCACUCCUUGACCGAGUAUUCAUCCGACUGGAAUGAAAGAUCCAACUGGAAAGAUCAAGAAGUCGAUAUUUAUGUGGGUCAAAACAGAGCCAUACCCACACACGCCAAGUAUCGCAAGAGUUACGGAGGGAGGUGAACCACUCCGAGGACUCGUACGUCGGAAAAAGCCGAAAACCAAGACCGACGAGGGCCAAGCAAACCAAAAGAAAUGUACAACCGAGUCGUGUAAUACCAUUUUAAUCAAGUUUUCUCACUUAUCUUGGUUUGUGCCAUAACAACGGAGUAUCGCCUCGGUAACGACAAACAUUAAUCAUCGUUAACGUUAUCAUUCAUCAUAUUCAUUUAUUACACCAAUUUUAAUGGAUAUUGUACGAAGCGUACUGUACGUCGCCGGACGCAGGUAGUCCUUACUCGAGUAUUCCAUAACUACACGAGAUCGCGAUGAAAACCCUCUUUUUGUAAAUUUAAAUUAAUAUUUUUUAUAUUAAUGAUUAAAAAAAUAUCGCUUUAAGAAUUUGCUAACACCUUUUUAAUCAGAUCGUCAUCAGUAAUU